AUGCGAAGAUCAUCAAAAGCAAAGCGAGAACCAUUCAGCGAUGAAGAAGAGAAAUUAUCUUCCUCUCCGAUUCCUACGACGACCUUGUCUUCUUCCGUGUUUUUAGAUUCAUCUCAUGGAUCAUCGUCAUCAUCAACAACAACAGCAUCAUCCUUAUCCACUUCAACAUUUUCAAGCAUUGCUUCGGGGAAUUAUUCAAGAAAUUCAAAAACCGUUAAAUUGGAACAAAUGAUUAAAGAGAUUCAACAACAUCAAUAUUAUAGAAGGCUAGUUGAGAAAGCAGAAAGGAUAAAUCGUAAUGAAACAAUAUCCUCUGCAGGUUCAUCACACUCGGAAAAGGAUCAAUUUCCGAAUAAUGAAUGUGGAGAGCUUGAUGAGGACAAACAAUCAUUUACUCAACUGCUUCAUAAAUUGAGAAGACUUAUUCUCUCAGCUCCGGUCACUCUCGGGUCUGGAGAGCAUGAAACAAGUCUCGGAUGUAUGAAAGACUCGCUUCGACAAUUUAUUUGGCCUCUUUUAUUACAUGACUUGGAUCAUUUAUGCAGAGACAAAAGUUCAGUUUUUCAUAUCAUUAAGAAAAUUGACAAACAACAUGAACAAUAUGAACAAGUGGAAAAGGACGUGGAGAGGUCAAUGUUCAAAUUUUUAGCUCCAUUCUUUGGUCAAUACAAUAACCAGGUCAUUUAUAUGAAUACAUCGAAUGCCAGCAGUAGUAGCAGUUUGAAUGGAGGUGUCUCUAAAAACACAGGAGCAAAAACAAUGAAUCUUGAGCUGAGUUAUAAGAGAAGAAAUUUAAGCUUGGUCGUAAACUCAAUCCUUCAAUUGUACAAACGAUUCAAAGAAAAAGCGGAAAAUUCAAAUUUUGCAGAGGAAAUUGUUCCACUUUACUAUUUUCAAGGUUUUCAUGAAAUUUGUUCCGUUAUGCUGUUAACGUUUCAGGACAAUUUAGAAACGACAUUUAGAUGUUGCUACCGAUUAGCAACUAACCACUUCUACGAUUCUAUGCAUUCUCCAAAUUUAGAUCAAGCCAUAAAAAAAUGUGCCAUGGUAAUCACAAUUUUGGAAGAGAGUGGUCACCAUGACAUGUGCGAAAUAUUGAGAGAGAGCGGCGUGGAUCAAGGCCAUUAUGCGCUGAGUUGGAUUUUGACAUGGUUUGCACAUGUUAUUGAACAAGAUUGUGGAGAGAAAGAAGAAAACGAGGAUUCGUCUAACGGCACGAGCGUUGUCUCAGACAAUGCCGUGGUACCAAGUCUUUUCCUAGUUCAAACAUUAUUUGACAUAUUUUUGGCUGUUGGAAAUCCAUUCUUUGUGGUGUAUGUUGCUGCAAGUGUGGUUAUUGAGAGAAGAGAAGAAUUAUUAAUUUUAAAAGAAGGAGGUUCUGCCACCACCGUUCGUCAAAAAUUAGCAGCCGUUUCAGGCGGAAGAACUGAAAUUGAUUUUCCAUUUUCAGCUGAUGAAGAUGACGAUAACAUUAAUUACAUUGAAUUUACAGUGAUAUUUGGCCUUUUGAAUAGAUUUCCAAAGAAUAUAACACCAAAAUGGCUUGAGCGAGUUGUAAAACGAGCUCUCCAUCUUUGGAAGAGUCAUGACUACCGAAAAUUGUGCUCUCCAGAAGAGUUCACAAAUGAAUUUCCAUUCCCAUAUUUAUGUGAAUGUGAAGAUUUUUCGAAUUAUCAUGAAUCGGUUGCUGAUUAUUGGAGAGAUGAAGAAGAGGAGCGAUUACUUCGUGAAGAAAAGGAACGAGAGGAGGCUGAAAAGAGAAGAAAAGCUCAACAACAGCAUUUAUCAAAAGUAUUCUUUGUGGGAGGCAGUAUUGUCGUUGCCGCUGCUGCAUUUUACUUUUCUGCUCAAUCUUGGUUUUUUCAUGCCACAUUCAAGUAA